GCCCUCCCUACCUCAAUGUUCGGUUGCCCUGAGACUGAGGACAAGGGGUGGACAUUAUCUUAUAUCAACAUGACCCUCCCAGACUCCGCCCAACGUCAGUACUGGAACACUAAAGACCCAAACCUCCUCAGUGGUAUCAUAGAGCCUAACAUACUGGGACCAUACUAUUAUCGUGCUCUCCAGAUGAAUUUUUGUGCGAAAAAUCGAAGCAAUGAUAAAAGAGAGAGCAAUGGAACAACAGCUGAGUGGCCCAAAGGGCAGUACUGUAUAUACAGUUCUAAGAAUACCUGUCCUGAAGGGUUUUCUAAUGGCACCUUGACAAUAUCCGGAUAUCAGUUCACACAGCAGGAUAUAGGGGGCGUUAUUCCAGGAGAGACCGGAAAUAACAUGACUCUGAUACUGAAGUUCUGCUGUAGAGAAGAUGGCGAUUACCGGACACCAAUAAAACUCCCAUCAGAUUUCCCUUUUAUUCUAUUUCAGAGUCAGUCAGCGGAGAGCUGCCAGGAGGUAGAGUCUAUGAUUGUACAACAGGACUAUUUCUUCAUGAACAAUGAAAACGAUGAAUGGGAGCACAAAGGGAUGUUGCCUAUGUUUAAUAGAACGGCAAUAAAUGAAUCAGUUGGCAUAGCGUAUUGCUAUUAUAAACCAUACGAGCAACGUGAAUGUUAUUAUGAUACAGACUACGGAAACUCGUACAAUGGUAGAGCCAAUAUCUCUACUUCCGGAAAGGCGUGUUUGAUUUGGACAGAGUCGUCUGAGCCAUUUUAUCGUAACAAUAGGAGAGCUUAUCACGAGUUUGAUGAAAAUUACUGUCGCGCGUAUGAAUACUACUCCUACAAAUCAGAGGAGCCUUUAUGUCUUGUGGAGUUUCCUGACAUCAAAGAAAAAUGCAGGGUCCCUAAAUGCGAGGAGGAAAAGGAUUUGAAAGAAUUUGGAAAAUUCAAACCUUUUACUAGUGUUCAACAGGAUAGUGAUUACAACUCAGACUAUGCGGUAGAUGGUUUCAUAGGUACUAAGAAUUCGUUUAUUUCAAACCGUCCUCUGAUGAAGCCAUGGUAUCAAGUAAAUUUACAGGAACAUAUUGAAGUCCACGCUAUACUCAUUUACAGAUAUGCCACUUACAUGCCUCUAAAUCUGCGAUACUUUGGGACCUACGUCAGUAAGAAUCAAUGGGAUUUCAUGAACUAUGGCGCUGUUCGAUGUGACGACAUCCGAUUACCGGGAUACUCCAGGGUAUUUCGUUAUCAAUGUAGGCGUCCGGUGGUGGGUCAAUACGUCACCAUCCGGAACUUUGAUUUCACACAACCAGAUCACAACCCAGGCAAUUUCUAUAAAAUGGAAAUCAACGAGAUAGUAAUUCUAGGAAAGUCAACAACCUGCGGAAGACCUCUAGGAAUGGCCUCUGGUAACAUCUAUGACUAUCAACUUGGAGCCUCGUCAGAUGAAACAACAGGUGUUGAAGUAAUGCAACUUUCCAUCCGAGGACGAUUGUAUUAUCCGGACCCUGGCUGGUGUGCCAUAAAAAAGGAUGAAUCACCUUGGUUUUCUGUUGAUUUGAUUGUCCCAACAGUUGUACAAGGAAUUUCAGUGCAAGGGUGGAUAUCAGGAAAGGAGAUAAAAUAUAUCCAGUCAUUCCAAGUGUCUUAUGGCGUGACAAGGAAAGCAAUGAAUCGUUACAAAGAUUCUCCUGGAGUUGUAAAAACUUUUUUCAUCGAUAACACGGUAGCAGUUACUACACCACAGACGUUUAUGUUUCAUAAGGAUAUUCUGGCGCGAUAUAUCAAAAUACAUCCAUUCGUAGAAAACGGCCAACAAGCUUGUCUCAAAGCAGAGGUCAUAGGCUGCCAGAAACAAUUACAGAGGGAUAUCAAAUGUAGAAAGGGUACUGUGGACUUUGGAUUUGAGGAACUGAAACGAUUUUCCUUUUGGCUUGAAAAGGAAGCUAAUUCGCCUUACACCGUAAGGAAUAUUUCUACAAUCGAAGGUUGUAGACAGUUUUGUUUAAGUAAUAACUGUACAGCAUUAUCAUUCAAUAAUUACGCAGACCGUCAGGAAUGUUCACUAAGUUUUGGAGAUAGAUAUCAUCCAACAAGAAAGGCGGCCUGGGUACAAACAGGUGUCAUUCUUAAUCAGGCAGCUCAUCGUCUGUGCUUCAAAGAAGAGAUGGAUAUAGCUCAGUGUUCAUUCUCAAUAAAUGUAACAAGGAAGGGUCGAUCGGUCAUCCGGUCACCAGGAUUCCCUUUCAGUUAUGGACAAGGCCUCAAUUGUACCUGGAGUGUAUAUGCUGGAAAUUUUGGUUUUGUCAAGCUGGAAAUAGUUUAUGUACAACUGGCUAAAACGACGACAGACAUAGAAUUAAAAGAGAUGGGAAUAUUUGAUAUAAAUCCAGGAAAAUGCAAAGACCGAGUAGUUAUACAUGACGAAUCAAGCACUAUUGAGAUCACCGCCGAUACCCAGGAAAAAUUUAAAGAUACCAUCAUUAUCUCUUCUGGAAAAUCUUUAUUUGUAUCACUGGAGUCUUGUUUCCAAAUGUCUGCAUCACAGUUAGAAAAGAUUUUCGAAAUAGGGGUUACAAAAUCAGAGAGACAAGGGUGUGGAAUGGCUACAGAAGGGUGCGCAGUCAGUUGUACACUGCAGUCAGCCUUCAUAGCUACAGAGAGAUAUCCCGCUCCAUAUGAAGCAGGAGCCACUUGUACUUGGAACAUACACGGAAUAUUUGGACAAUAUGUAGAACUGAAUGUUCUUCAUUUAGAUGUUAUUAAUGGAGAUGAUACAUGUUCUAAGUCAUAUAUUGCAAUUUACGAUAUCGAUUUGAAUGGAAGGGAGGUGUUACUAGGAAGAUUCUGCAAGGAAAACAGGCCUUAUAAGAAUAUAACAUCGAGAUGGCACCAUAUGCGAGUUGAAUUUCGCUCUGGAAAUGAGAAUAAUCUAGGUCAAGGAUUUUUAGGGAUGUAUACGUUUGUGAAUUUUACCCAAAUAUGGUUAGAUGUCAGAAAUAAAGAAUGUUUAAAUGAUUGGCAUUACUACAAUGGAAGUUGCUAUAGAAUAUUCACCGAUGACAUAGGCAUUACGUGGCCAGAAGCGAAUCACAAGUGUAAACAACUCAAUGGAAGCCUUGUCAGUAUUUCCUCAAAAAAAGAACUAUCUUAUGUUCACUUUCUUGUCAAGAGCAAUAUAAACAUUACAGGCAACUGGGAAAUUUACAUAGGUCUUCAAAAGAGAUACUCAGAAGGAAAAAAUGAAGUGAAAUAUCUCUGGACGGAUGGAAACCCUUUGACGUUCACUGCAUGGUAUCGUGAUGAUGAUAUUAAGAAUCGACAACCAAAUGGAGUCCAAAAUGAGCGAUGUACCAGUAUUAACUUUCACAGUAUCCAUUCAAUGAGUGAUUGGCAUGACACUGCAUGUGCUUACAAUAAAAUUCAGAGUUACAUGUGUGAAGUACAUCUCCACCAAAGUAAUGAAACUAUAAGUCGAAGGAACUGGUGGGGAAAUGGAACUCUUGUUUUAAGGUCAGCAGAGUUGGGUAACAUUUUGUUCCAGUGUGAGAACACAGAAUUGAUCAACAAACUGUUUGUAUGUGACGGAAUGGUUGACUGCAGUGACGGAUCUGAUGAGGCAAACUGCUCUACAACGUGUACAGAAACUCAGUUCCAAUGCAACAGUGGUGACUGUAUUUCUAUCAGUCUGUAUUGUGACUUUGUCAGCCACUGUCCAGAUAACUCCGAUGAAACCGAUUGUAUUCGAAAACCAUGUACGGAAAAUGAAUGGGAAUGUUCCAACGGUCAGUGUAUUUCUGCAAAGACCCGCUGUGAUAUGAAACCAGACUGUGUCGAUGGAAGCGAUGAGAAACAUUGUGAAGGUUGUAAUCAUGGAUUUGAAUGUUACGACCAGACUUGCAUUCCUUCCUCGUUGGUGUGUGAUGGCUUUAUCGACUGUAGUGGAUUCUUCGCCGAGGACGAGUCCCAGGACUGUGAAAACAAUGUCCAGGAAACGUGUAAAGAUUGGUGGGGAUUGGGACGGAGAGAGAAUGGGGAAUAUCUUGUUAGUCUUGGAUUGGAAGGUGGUUAAAUCCUUAUAAACUUACUAUUCAACCCUACAAAAGCAGAAUGUCGAUUUCAAAAGUCUGCUGAUCGUGUUAUAGUGCAGACGAUAAUUCACCAUUCCGAGGAAGAAACACUGUUCUCAAGCUUAUUGGAAGUUGAUGCAAAAUUGAAAUACUUUGCAAAUGAAAGACAAAUAUCGGUGCUAAAGAAUACAAAUAAAUGCAGUCAGGCUAUAAGAAUACGCUGCCAUUACAUCAACCACAAAUUAGACGUGUUUUGGGAGGGAGAAAAUGGAGCUCAGGUUCACACAAGUUCUGGGAUUACGGAUGAAAGCUGCUCAUGCCCGUUUGUGAAUAAAUGUGAAGAGGGAAAAGUAAAGUGUAAUUGUAAUUCCACAAUGGGUGAAUGGUAUGGCGCUGAAACCACAGAAGUGAGAGAGGAUUCAGGUGUCAUCACUAAUCAUUCAGUCUUGCCUAUCCAGAAACUGUACAUCUAUCGUCCAGGGGAGAACAAGUUCGUUAAGGUAGACAUCGGACCACUUGUUUGCACCGAAGAGACGGAAGAUGUGAACAAAGAUUUUCUCUGUCGGACAGGCAAGAUCGUGGCAAUGUCGACACGGUGUAUUCUUGACUAUAGUGAAAACGGAGAUAUCGUUGGCUGUCGAGAUUUGUCCCAUUUAGACGAUUGUGAUUCCACAUCGUGUCCUGUAGGUUACAUGAAAUGUCCCGGAAGUUUUUGUAUUCCUCCGCGAUUUAUUUGUGAUGGUGAAAAGCACUGUAAAGACGGAGUUGACGAAAUGCAGUGCGGGUCUUGUCCAGGUCUAUACAGAUGUGAAAAGAGCACAAUCUGCUUGGAUCCGCAAAGGUUAUGUGAUAAUAUCCCCAACUGCCCUAAUAGAGAUGACGAACUACUUUGUUACAUCACGUGUCCGGAAGAGUGUGUUUGUGAUGGCCUUUCUGGCAUGUGUGAGGGUUUUCAGAAUAUAAGUACAGAAAGGCUUCCAAAAGAGCUAAGCUUUUUAAACAUUAGUGGAAAUGAUUUGAGUAAUGGUUUGCCAUCUCUACAACAUUUGAUUCAUUUAGUCCGAUUGUUUAUUACGGACUGUCAAUUGACAUCGAUAAGAUCCUAUUCCUUUAUCAACCAGCAAAAUCUUUUGGUUCUUGAUCUCAGAAAUAAUAAAAUAACCCAUAUUUAUUCCAAUGCCUUCACUGGGCUAGUGUCUUUGAAAGUGCUGAACUUAAAGGGGAACGAUCUCCUCAAUCAAAUAGCAGAUUCGGCUUUUCUCGGAUUGAAAACGCUACCUAGAAUAGUUUUAACGGAUACCAAUUUGUGGUCUAUUAAACAGAAUACUUUAGUGGGUCUACAAAACGUUAGCCUACUGAAUUUGUCAUCAAACAAUAUUCAUUAUGUUUCGGAUUAUGCUUUUCAAAAUUUGUCUGAAUUAUCAGUUUUGGAUCUACGAAACAAUAAAAUUGAAGAGUUCUCAUCGAAAAUCUUUAAUGGGCUUUCAAAACUCGACAAAUUGUACACAGAUGCAUAUGCAUUCUGUUGUCUGAAACCUUCGUCAGUUAAGGAGUGCUUACCAAAUGCAGAUGAAUUCUCUUCAUGUGAUGACCUCAUGAGAAACAAUGUCCUGUCUACGUUCUUGUGGAUUAUGGGAUUUAGUUCUUUAUUGGGAAAUCUGGGAGUCUUCAUAUUCAAAGUAUUUUUCGACUCAGAAACUUUGAAGAAAGGCCAUGGAAUUUUCAUAACGAAUUUGAGCGUUUCUGAUUUUCUGAUGGGUGUUUACUUGAUAAUCAUAGCCUCUGCCGAUGAACAUUAUCGCGGGAGAUAUGUCUGGAAUGAUUUACAUUGGAGAUAUAGUAUAACUUGUCAAAUAGCCGGUAUGCUUGCUACUAUUUCGAGUGAAACUUCGGUUUGUUUGCUGUGUUUAAUUACAGUUGAUCGUCUCAUCGCCGUCAAAUUUCCAUUUGGACAGUUUAGGUUUACCAGGAGAAGAGCUUUAUUUAGCAUUGGCGUCUUAUGGAGCAUUACAGUUCUCCUAGCAGCCAUUCCUCUGAUUCCAGGUGGAUACUUUCAAGAAGAGUUCUAUUCUCGAUCCGUCGUUUGUCUUGCUUUACCCCUAACUAGAGACAAGCCAGCUGGAUGGGAGUACUCCACAGCAAUCUUUAUUAUACUCAAUUUCUUACUCUUUGUGAUUAUUGCAUUGGGACAAUGUUUGAUAUACAUGGAGAUCUCACAAACAACUGGGAGUAUAAAAUCCACUAGGCGAAACCAGGAUAUGGCUAUCGCUCGAGGGCUAUUCCUAGUGGUUUUGUCCGACUUUGUCUGCUGGUUUCCGAUUGGAAUUAUGGGGUUACUUGCCUUAAAUGGGUAUGUGAUAUCAGGAGAGGUGUAUGCGUGGGUCGCCGUUUUUAUCCUCCCGAUCAACUCGGCCUUAAAUCCAUUCCUCUAUUCCUUUGCAAAUCUAAGGAGAAGGGUUGAGACAAGACUGUCAUCUAAAAGGAAAACAGUAUCUCGAUCUACGACAGAGACCCUGACCGAUCUCUGCGAUAGCGAGCUCUUUGUGAUCGGUAAGAAUGCCUCUCUCUUCGUCACGCUCUCUGACUACAUGCAGGAUCACAAACUCACUGUACCGGAAAUGAAAUUCAUCGUCCUCCGAUUGGCCGAAGCCAUGAAGUUCUUACAUGAGCGUGAUCUAGUUCAUGGGUGUUUGGAUACGAAUCUUGUCUCACUCAAAUUUGAGGAUGGGAAAAUAAAAGACCUGUCUGUGAAAAUUGUUCCACGUGAAGCAGCAAAGGACGAGGAUAUUCCGAACGACAUCAAACAGCUGGGGGAAUUAUCGUUAAAAUUGCUGAAAAACCACCAAAGUAACACCACCAAUAACACUCAUUAAAAGAAAAAAAACUUUUUUAAAUAUGUCCUGCACAGGAAAAGCAUCCUUGACAAUGACAUUUUAAACAGUUUAACUGUUUAAGUAAAUAUUUGUGUUACUUCAUUGAAAUGUUGAACGACCGGUGUUCAUCUGCACCUUGUCAGCGCUUGUAAAUGCACCAUUUAUCCUUAUGACAAAUAAGUGAUUACUGUAACUGAUUUACAGUGACGCUCAAAGCAAUCUUGUAAAAUUCGUAGAAAUUCCAGUCUUCUUGAUUUCUUUUUACAAUAUUUAUUUUCAUAUACAGAUUGUUCAAGUGGUCAGUGUUCAUCGGACACGAGGUUUCCAAAUCCUGCAUCUUUUGAUCAUGAAAAUUCAACAAAAAUUAAACAAUGCCAGGUGGCAAAACAUGAUUGUAACGGUGCUACACAUUCAUUCAUCAAAUAAUAUUACAUUUGAUACCAAACAUUUACUGUCCCACUAAUUCUAGCAUGUUCUUUAUCACACAUUUAUUACAUCAUUUAACCAAGUACUCUACAGGUCUGAGAAUAUGUUAACGAUCGUGAGUGAUUUCUUAAGGAUAAUUAACACAGAAAAAAUUGCAUAGAUUAAUAAACAUUAAU